GAGAGAGAGAGAGAGAAUGAUGGUGAUGGUAAUAUAGAAGAAAAGAGGGAGGAGAAAUGUGAAGUAAAAGGUAUUAUGAUUUGUAGAUAAGAAUCAGAAAAGGGGUAUGUAGAAUUAGGAGAAAAUGUGGAGAAAACUUAUGAGAAACAGAAAAAGAGAGAGUACCUGUAAUUUAUAGACAGAAGGGAAAAAAAGGAAAAAAGAUGAAAUCAAAGCAGUGAUUUUUAAAGAAAUAGUGGAAAAUAAGGUAACUGAAAGUGUUUCAGCUCUGAAAACUCAUUAAGUAUCUUCAAUAAGAAAAAUACAAAGAUAUGUGUCUAAGAAAUGGAUGUGAAUAAAUCUCUUUAAUACGUUAAAUUAUCAAAUCAAAAUUACAAAUUACAAAUUACAAAAAGAAGUAUCUUAUACUGGAGGGGAUUGGAAGAAGAAAAGGGAAGGAGAAAUGAAUGUAGAUUUAGACAAGCCAAUCAUAGGCAAAUACUGAGUCAAAUUAAGGUGAAUAUGUGUUUGCUUUGGGGUAUAUCUUUAACACUUGCAUGAUUAUAUCACUUAAUCCCACUUGAAAAUGUGAACAGAGAGUGGGUUGAAGUCAUAGUGCAGGAAAUUUGACGGCUUUGAAGAAAGUAGGAGGGCAGUAUGAAAGACCUCUAACAAAAAAAGAUGUUGACAAUAGAUGCACAAGUUGCCGUGACUCCCUGAUUACCAUGGUAACCAGUGGCUUUGUGAAUUUGCAGUGUUUGCAUAAUCACUGUGCGUUUGUGCAGAAGUAUAGGUUCACUUAUUCAUGCCGUUGGAGAAACGAGCAUGCUUCGUCUUCAUAUCGAUGUGAUCUUCCUUAUAGUUGUAUCACCUGUAAAAGCUCAAGAUACAAUCUCAAAUUUCUCACACAAAUACAAGUAUUGUGCUUGUAUUUGUGGAAACAUUCUAAUUGAAUCUGAAAUACAUGCCAUCAUUUAAAGGUUGAUUUUAUGUAUUUGAAGUAAAAUCCUGAGCAUUUUUAAGCAGAUCAACCUGUGCUUUUCUUAGCUGUUUCUAUACCAGAACAAUUAUGGCUUCUUUUUAUGCUAAUGACACUAAUUCAUUCAAAGUGUUGUCAUCGGGUGGUAAUUCAACAAUAACAGAUAGAGUUCAGAUAGAAAGGUUGGUCAAAGCUGUAUCUUACGCAACCGUUGGUCUAAUUGCCAUCAUAGGCAAUUUCCUUGUCAUAUUCAUGGUUGUACUCUCUCGAAAACUGCACACCAUCACGAACAUCUUUGUCGUCAACCUCAGCCUAGCUGACCUUGUGAUAGGUGUAGCAUUUCCGCUGGAGAGCUUGUGGCUCCUGCACCUCGAUGUGGCCCUGCCUAAGUGGACCUGUACCUCGGUCGGAUCCAUCAUCAUCAUCGCAGUCGGAUGCAGCGUGUCGACACUGUUCUUUGUCGCAAUGAAUCGGUACGUUCUCAUUACGAGAUCCCGCGCUGCCUACCAGAGGAUCUUCACCCCGUGUAACAUCUUCCUGAUGAUUGCGUCGACUUGGCUCAACCUGACAGGAUUUCUGAUCAUCCCGCAAGUGGUCGGGUACGGCAGCCUGGGGUAUGACUUGAACCUUGAGCUUUGCAUCUGGGAUCCAACUCAUCAAUAUGACCUGUAUUAUAAAGGAGGAGCUCUAGCGCUGUUAACACUACCUCUCUUGCUGUCAAGUAUAUGUUACAUCCUGAUAUUCAAAUACAUACGCAACCACUUCAAGAACAUGGCAUCUCAUCGGCAAAGUGCACCAAUUGCGACAAACAGGCGCAUGGACAUCAUCAUCACCAAGAACCUUCUGCUUGUCAUCUGUGCCUUCUAUAUCUGUAUCCUGCCUUUUGUGAUUGCCUUCUGCUCCACGGGCUUCAGUUCUUCUCCGGACACCUAUGGCUACGUGGCGUCCUACCUGGGUAUUCUCCUGGGUAUCAACAGCUGUCUGAAUCCUCUCUUCUACUGUCUCAAGCACCCGCACUUCAGAGAGGUCUUCUCCUGCGUCAUACGCUGUGACCUGUCAAGGGUACCGCUACCAUCAAGAAUCCUGCAGAGGGUCCUACCUCAACCUGAUAGGCGGAGUGUCCUGGCAGACCUGUCUUCGCUCAAUACCAACACCAAUAAUUGAGGUCUCUGGAAGACUCACCUGGGGGGUGUUUCACAAAACUUGUCAUGCAGUGAUAAAUGACAGUUUUUGUUACAAGCUACUGAAAUCCAUGCUUCUAAUUGGUUAUCAGCAGAUUCGUCACUGAUUUUUGUCAUUUGUCAUUGAAAAAAAGCUUUGUGAAACAGGUCCCUGGUGACACCGUCACAUUUUCCACUUUGACUGCCAUCCUCAUCUGUGUUAGUGCGUAGAACCAAUACCACUUGGAUUGAAACCGAGUUUACACUGAUAUUUUAGCUUAAUUUUUUUAUACAUGGGUAGUGUAAUGUUUCCAUAGAUUGUUAUAGCCAUUGAAGUUUCAGGUUGGGAAACUCAAGCAUUCCCCAGAAUAUUUGUAAAAGAUUAACUCAGAUUAGGAUGCAUAAUUUUUUUUUGCUUGCACAUGCAUACAACUUCUGUAAUUUAAUGAUUUUUCAGCCAAUGAAGCUAAAUUGCAUUUACUUUAUGAUAAAGGUAUUGAAUGUACAUCAGAUGAAGAUUCAAGUAUGUUAAAUCCAAUGGAUUAGAAAUUGUGUUUUUAAAGGUUUGUUGCUUGCAUUAGAUGAGUAGGCUGCUGGCAGUGUACCAUCCUAUUCACUUUCAAACACAACAUUGUAUGCCACAUGAACAAAAUAAAAUGCUGCGGGGAAACAGAAAAAAAAUUGACUUUAAAAGAGCUCAAAGUUCUCCAAGUGAAAAAAUAAUAAUUUGCACAACAAAAAAAAAACAUAAAUAUAAAAAAAAAAUUGCUAGGGACUUUUCUAAACUUUGAGGAAAGCAUUAAAAUUUCGCACAGAUACAAAUUGAUU